GCGGGGAGCGGGGACGGGGAGAGAGCGAUCGUUUUUAACAAGAGCUGCAGUGCCAAGAGCAGAGGAGGGGGAGGGGAGGGGAGGGGGGGAGGAGGAGGGAGAGGGCAGUAGCAGCAGCAGAAGAAAGAGGAGCAGCAGAAGAAGAAGAAGAAGAGGGAGGCGAUCGAGAAGAAGCGCUGCUGUUGUUGAGGUUGGGGUUGUUGGUGGUGGUGGUGGUGGUGGUGCGGGGAGAAAGGGAGGGAUCGAUGAGGUGAUCUGAUGAGAGGAGGAAGACGAGGAAGGGCGGAUCGGGGAGGGGGAACGAGCGUCUGAGGAGGCGAGCGAGGGGGCGAUCAAAUUGUGGAGGGGCGAUGCGAUUUGCGACGAGGUCCGGGAGCAGAUGAAGGCUCUCUUGAUGAGAGUGCAGGGGAGGGGGGAGGAGGAGGUGGAUGGGAGGAAAUAGCAAGGAUUGAUCUGGGAGGGAACGAUGGCAGUGGCGGACAAUGCAGGGGUUGAGAGCCUGGCGAUUGGAAUGACGAUGGGAAUAAAUAUGGGGAUAGGGAUGGGCCACACUCUGCCCAUGACGAGAACUUAUCCCAUUCUCUCGAUGGACGCGUCGGACAAUGCGACGGAGCAGCUGUUUGACACAUCCUCGCCCUUGGAGCAGCAGCAACCACAGCAGCAGCAGCAGCAGCAGCAGCUUCAGCAGCAGCAGCAGCAGCCGCCGCCGCAGCAGCAACAACAGCAGCAGCAGCCUCAGCAGCAGAAAGUAGAUGCUCCUCAAAACCAUUCCCAACAGCCGAAGCAGUCGAAAUCGGGUCCUCCCCUACCACCGAAACAACAGCUCCCGUCUCAGCCUGGACAGCAGCAGCAGCAGCAGCAGCAGCAGCAACCACCUCUGCGAGCAAAUGGAGCCAAUGGAGUAGUCUCUCGGGAUUCGGAGGCUGAUGAAGAAGCGGGUGCACUGGAUGCACACAGCAGCGUCAGCAAUGACAGCAUGCGAGAACUAGAAGAUCUCCUGACGAAGCUCAAUCCCUUGGCCAAGGAGUUUGUCCCUCCUUCUCAUACCGACACGAACACCACCGCAGUAUCAGCCGCAUCCUCCAAGGGAAACACGCGCAGGAAGAAAAAUGGCUAUAACCUCGGCAAACGACGAGUGAACAGCAGAACAAGCCGCGCGCAACGUGAAGACAGUAUCCGGAGAACUGUGUAUGUUUCCGACAUCGAUCAACAAGUGACGGAGGAGCAGCUUGCCGCGCUCUUCAUCACUUGUGGGCAGGUGGUUGAUUGCCGCGUUUGCGGGGAUCCAAACUCCGUUCUGCGUUUUGCUUUUGUUGAGUUCACUGAUGAGGAGGGGGCUCGAGCUGCCCUGAGCCUCGCAGGAACGAUGUUGGGAUACUACCCUGUCCGUGUGUUGCCCUCCAAGACCGCAAUCGUUCCAGUCAAUCCAACCUUUCUUCCCCGGUCUGAAGAUGAAAGGGAGAUGUGCGCGAGAACAAUAUAUUGUACAAAUAUUGAUAAGAAGGUUUCACAGGCAGAUGUGAAGCUCUUCUUUGAAUCUCUGUGUGGCGAGGUUGCUCGCCUAAGAUUGCUGGGUGAUUAUCAUCAUUCUACACGCAUAGCAUUUGUGGAGUUUGUGAUGGCCGAAAGCGCAAUGGCAGCUCUCAAUUGCAGUGGCGCUAUUUUGGGCUCGCUCCCAAUCAGGGUGAGCCCUUCCAAGACUCCCGUGAGGCCGCGUUCACCUCGUCCUCCACUCCAUUGAUCCGACUUCAUUAGGAACAUCACCUCAAAGUGGUGACGGUAUCGACAGUCCACAAGUCAUUAGUCCACAGUCCACUCAGUCACAAACCAAUAUGGAAGAUAGUUGGUUUCUUGGUCUUUUAAAGAACCGGUCAGGACAAGUGGGGCUUUAGGCCAUCUUGUCUUUAGUGGGCAUGGGCCCAUUCGAGUCAUUACUGAGGCGAAUUGCAGUUAUGCUAUUGUAGAUGUGUCAUAUGUAAGUGUAGGUUAGUAAGCUAUUUGUCGCAAAGGUUUCGUUUAAAAAUCAACACCUACUUGUGCAGGUCAUUGGGGACUAAUAUUCAUCUACUUCCAAAGCUUAGACUUUUUAUUCACACUUUUAAGGUGAUCAGAUGACUGAUCUGGUCAGCAAAUUAGAGUAGCACUUAGCUCCACUUGCAACAUCACCCAGAGUUUUUAAGAUCAACUGGGGUGAAAGUCAGUAUACUCGUACUGGCCGUCUGCAGAGUAGGACUAUUCAGGUGCGAUAAACCAGGUAGUUGUUUACACCUUCAGCUCUGGAAGUAACCACUGAAAUAAGGGAUUUCUAUCCACAAUGCCUAAGGCUUUUAAUUGCCAUUAACAACCAGUAAGAGACGUUUUUGACGAUUACUGCUGUUAAUAACUUCUCUGCAAUGCCGAGCCGUAACUCUUCUCCCAUGUUGUUCUAGAUUAGUAGACCUUGUCUGUCUGGCU